ACAUUCUGCAUCAGACAUAACGCCAGCUAAAAGAAUUUAAACGUCCUGCUGAUGACAAACUGAGUCUGGGUUCAUUUCUGUGACAGGAAGGUUUCUGUAAACAAAGUGCAGCGAAAGGGAAUGUGGAGGAAGUACAGCUGAUGAGGAGCUGCUGGCCGACACGUUCAGACAGAAAUCUCUUCUCAAAGCGAGAGUUUGAAAGACAACGACCAGUUAGAGACAGGAAAACUCGUCAGGUGACCCACGCUGUAAGCUCCUCAGAUCAGAGGGAGGGACAGGAAGUGGAGCUCGGGGUGUGCGGGAGCCCAACAUCAGCUCAGGCACUUACAGCGCUGGUGCUUUAAGGCGCACACCUCCAAAACAAUCUGCACAUAAUCAAACGACCGGACGGUGCAGCGGAGAGGAAACGUAAACUUCAUGAGAAGACAAACAUUAUUUUCAGCUUCACUGACCCGACUUGAAGUUUGGCGCUCUGAGUCAGGACGACCUCAUCAAAUGUCACGUCACACGAUAAAGGAAAAGACCGCUAACAGCUGAUUUACUGAUUCUAAUUUACUGGACUUGGUUCUUCUUUUAGCUUCGCACCACGCUGCCCUGCGCUGCUCUGACCAGCCGAAUUUCCCCUCCAGGGGAUCAAUAACGGAACGACUUCAGAAGAUGACGGCGGCGGCUUCAGAGUGUUAGAGGCCGACCGGACCCAGAAACAAAAAGCUCAAAACAACAGAACACGGAAGACAGCUCCUCCAAAACAACAAGAAAAGAAAAUCUUUAACACAAAUCAACCGUGUUUAUUAGGAGAGAACAGGAGACGGGUCACUUUGUACGAGCAGAACCGAAGUCUGGAGGAUCUUCUUUAAUCUUAUUUUACCGCUUAACUGGAACAGAAGUCCGUGUCUGUCUGACGGUCCUGAAAGUCCCGUGGAACGUUUUUCAAAUGAAGGAACUCUGGAGGAGGUGCUGCCGUUUGGUUCUGCUCAUACAAAGAAGAUCCUGCAGGCGGUUUACAUUCAAUACAUCUACAACCUGAACUUCACUCGGUGGUUUCUGACAGAAAGAGACUUUUUAAUCCUGAUGUCAAUGUCUGGGGGGGGGCUCUGAUUGGUUGUGGAAUGAAACUCAGGAGUGAAGUUCAGGUUGUUUUCUUUCGCCGUGAAAACGAAGAACAAUCUUCAAAUACAGUUAGAGAGAAAACAAUCGUCAGCCGAUCCCGAAAAAAGAAAGUGACAUCACACUGUUGGGCAGGAUGGCGAGGUGGAUGCAGGCGGCGCAGGCUGUUUGUGUGGGACGGUGAGGAUGAUGAAGAG